ACUUCGAUGUCCCUCACGUGGAAUUCACACAACGGCUGCAAAGCUGCUUCGAUAUGCAUCUGGUGUUGGUCACCGAAUAUAAUGCGUCACCUGUGGCAAGGUGGGCUACGUCAUCUGCAUAUAUGAACUUACAAGAUGAUGUACAUGGCAAGUCAUUUAUACACGUGUUAAAUAGUGAAGGUGCUUGCACGGAGCCUUGGAAGGAGGCCAUUGCUCAUAAUGAUCUCGUGGCUGUGUUUGCCAGUGAGGUGUACCCUGACAAUUCCAAAGAACACAGGAUGAGAUGUUACUAUCCUUUGUGCAAGCACUUCCAGGCCGCGGAAGAAGAUAUCACAGAGGCCUUCAAGUGCCACGUGGUUCACACAGCUGUUGAAACCUCUGAGAAUGCGUUGGCCGGCAGGCUGACGAGGAAGGGCAGCCUACAGCUGAAGCCGACCGCGCGGGCGACACUCGGUGAUAUCAGCAGCAAUACCAACAAGGCGAUCGACAAAAAGACGAUGCAGGUCUACAACGCCCACAUCCGCACGUGCACUCACCCUUCAGCCCAUCCAUGUGUUCGCGUGGGUGAAAUUGAACUGACAUUAAAAAUUAAGGAGCCAGUAGCCAAGCGGGUGCCAAGAGUGGUCCGAUCAAAGUCGACCGUGGUGAGGGUGCCGCUCGUUCCUGCUGCUGCGCCUAUCGUGCCUGCUGCUCCUGUUGUGCCCGUGAUGCCCUCGCCCAUUGCUAUGGACAUCUCUCAGAAGGAGGAAGACCUCUGCCAAGCCUUCUCUGAUGCACUGAUAAAUAUCCAGGACAUUGAUGCGGAAGAUGCGACGAACCCCCAGCUGUGCAGUGAAUAUGUGAAGGACAUCUAUGUUUACAUGAAGACCCUGGAGAAAGAACAAUUUGUUCAAGCAAACUACCUGGAGGGAAAGAAGAUAAAUGGCCGCAUGCGUUCCAUCCUCGUUGACUGGCUUGUACAGGUCCAAAUGAAGUUUCGGCUGCUGCAGGAGACUCUGUACCUCACCGUUUCCAUCAUUGACCGCUACCUGCAGAACCACGAGGUGCUGAGUGGAAGCCUGCAGCUGGUGGGUGUGACUGCAAUGUUCAUUGCAGCCAAGUACGAGGAGAUGUACUCCCCAGAGGUGGAGGACUUUGUUUACAUCACGGACCAUGCAUACACAAAGGCUCAAAUCCGUGCCAUGGAGCAGGCUAUACUUUUGGGGCUGAAGUUCAACCUUGGACGCCCCCUCCCACUACACUUCCUUCGUCGGGCAUCUAAGGCUGGCAGCGUUGAUGCAGAUAAACACACCUUGGCCAAGUACUUGAUGGAGCUCAGCCUGGUUGACUACCACAUGGUGCACUUCCAUCCAUCUCAGAUUGCUGCUGCCGCCCUCUACCUCUCCCAGAAGCUCAUGGACGAUUCCAAAUGGAAUCUGGAUUUGCAAUACUACACGACCUACACUGAAGAAGAGCUAAUGCCUAUUGUCCAGCAUCUUGCUAAGAAUGUAGUGAAGGUCAAUGAGGGAGUGACGAAGCAAAUGGCCACAAGAAACAAGUACGCCAGCACCAAGAUGAUGAGCAUCAGCAAAAUUUCUCAGCUCAAGUGCCAGCUGGUGAAGGACCUGGCAAAGCCACAUCUUGAGAAGAAGUAA